AUGCUGCCGGAGCCGCCGCCGCCGCCGCCGCCUCGGCUGACAGGCAGAAGGACUGACUUCCCUCUCUCGGGCAUCUUUCCUGGGCUGCCGGGAAGCGGCGGCGGAGGAGGAGGAGAAGGAAAAGGGGGAGAAGGCGGAGAGCAGGAACGCGAGGAGGUGGACCUGGAUCCGUUUCUCCCGGCCAGGACCCGAGCGGCCCCAGCUACAGCUACCCGCAGACGCCGUCCCCUAUCCAUCAGCCCUCCUGCUCCCACUCGCGACCCCAGGCUCUCUGCGCGUCGGACCGGGGCCAGAGCCGCGCGGCCGGAGACGGCCUGGCCUCCUGGUGAUGCUCACGCUGUGCUAAGUGUUGGUGGCCAUCGAGGCUUUUGCAUCCUGGGGACGAAUCCUGAGCUUGCCAGAGACGGACGGUGCAAGGUCCGGCCUCUGUUUCCACGUGAGGAGCAGCCGCGGCCCACCGAGAUGUCCCGGCACCACAGCCGCUUCGAAAGAGAUUACCGGGUGGGCUGGGACCGCCGCGAGUGGAGUGCCAACGGGACGCAUGGGACCACCAGCAUCUGCAGUGCCACCACCGGGGCAGGCGGCGGCACAGCCAGCAGCCUCAGCGCCCGGCCCGGCCUCCUGCCGCUACCCGGGGUGCCCUCCCGGCUGCCCACACCCGCCACGGCCCCCGCACCCUGCACCACCGGCAGCAGCGAGGCCAUCCCCAGCCUCGUGGCCAGCUCUGCCUCUGCCGUCACCACCAAGGUAAGACCUGCCUGGCAUCCGCUGUGAGCAGCAGCCGGGCAGAGGGGCCCGCUUCCCCCACAGCCCAUUCCCUGGACGCCGCCUUCUCCAGAGCGUGGGCAGCCCUGGAGCUGCGCCGGGCACCUAUUUAAGUUAACGUGCGCGUGGUUUUAUUUUCCAUGAAGCCUCUCUCUGUGACUAACAUGGGAAGACGAGCAGGUGGCUGAGGCCCCGCGUUGUCCUCUGCCAUGUUGAUGAAGGGUACUUAGCCAGUGAAAUGACCAUGACACUCCCGGUUGGCAAUACGGGUUUCCUAACUAAGCACCUGCAAACCAGGCAAGGCCCCUGGGGCACCGGUCACUUGGGUUUGGAAGAAGAUCCUGAGCAGCAGUCAGUCCUAAAUGGUCAUAAAUCUGCUACUUAUUAACCAGUACUAGUACUGAGAACACUCACAUCACUGUGUCCUCCAAGCCUCAGACAACCCCAUGACAUCAGUACUUUUGUCACCCGCCUCGCAGUUGAGCAUAUGGAGGCACACCGAGUCUCCGGAGCAGGUCCAAGGUGGGCCCUCCUCGGGGACCCAGGCCUCAGGGGUGUUAGUUCCUGUCAUUCCCCCUCUUCUGGAGGCUGCUAAGCCUGGGGAUUGAAAGCAGUUUGUUUUACCAACCGCGAUAUCAAAAUGAAAAUGUCACCAAGGCUCCUACUUAGAUUCCGGAUGAGCUGGGCCCCCUCACGCCGCUCAGAGCCCCUGAAGGGACAGGGGGACCCAGGCCGGUGGCAGGAAGCCCUUUCAUUGCCGUCCUGUCUUCUGGGCCAGCAGGGGCUCUGCAGACCACUUUGCCUCUGCCAGCCAUUCAGAGCCGCCUCCUAGGGGGGAUCUCAGCAUCUCAGGGCCAGUGUGCGCACGCGCAUGUGUGU